AUGAAGUCUGCUGUGAAUACAAUAUUAUUUGAUGUCUCCAAAAAUGAAUUAUUCAAAAUAAAUGAAAACUACAAAAUGCUGCAUCGGAAACUAAAGUCUACAUGGAAAGUUAUGAUCAAUCGCGAAGAGCUCUCCCCAAACAUACUACAAGACAUCAAGAUCCUGGUGGUACCAGGGCCACAGAAUGUGUUCAAUGACGAAGAGUUAGCAGCGCUGAAAGGAAUGGUCGAAAGGGGAGACUCGGUUCUUGUACUUAUGACAGAUGGAGGGGAGGAGAGGAUGAACACGAAUAUAAAUUUCUUUCUCGAAGAGUUUGGCAUUGUUGUGAAUAAUGAUUGUGUAAUCCGCGCGAUGUACCACAAGACAUACCACCCGAAGGAAUGUCACGUAUCGAACGGUAUACUCAAUAGAGCGGUCACCAAGUUCCUCAUGAAGAUGCCUAACUACUCCAGCGAGGGGGAUGACUUUCUUGAAGACCCAGCCACACCAAACUUCAUCUACCCAUACGGUGCAACGUUGACCGUUAAAAAGCCAGCAGCGGCCAUCUUGUCGAGCAGCGACGUGUGCUACCCGGUCAAACGGCCUGUAGCUGCAUUGUAUAGCUCUGAAAAAACUGGAGGCAAACUCUUCGUCUUGGGCUCGGGACACUUCUUCGCGGAUCAGUAUCUGGACUUAGAGUGCAACGAUCUAAUCAGGGAGAUGAUAUUCGACCUCCUCGGUGGUGCGGUUGAUCUGCAUCUGAACCCUGUUGAUGUGGAUGAUCCAGAUGUGAACGAGUAUAGAACCCUGGGGGACACCCUAUGGCUCUCCACACUAUUACUACCGGAGCCAGCAAGCACUCCCCCGCCCCGCCUCGCGCCGCUACAUCCGCACGCGCUGUUCACUUGGAGACUGUUCUCGUUAAAUUUGUCGCAUUUACCAGAGGUGCUAGGGCUGUAUGAAGAAGUAGGAGUCAAACAUGAGCCGCUUCGUCUGAUAGCGCCGCAGUUUGAAACACCGUUUCCACCUCUGCAGCUUGCAGUAUUUGCACCAACAUUCCGAGAGCCCCCACCACCGCCUUUAGAACUGUUCGAUUUAGACGAAGCAUUCAGUACAGAAAAGUCACAACUCGCCAGACUGACCAAUAAAUGUUUACAACCUAGCAAUGCACGGAUGGGACAAGGAGAUGGUCAACUAGAAAACGAGUUGGAAUACUACAUAAGAGAGUGUGGUCGAGCGGUCCGUCUAAACAAGUCGCAGAACCAAGCUGCGAAGCAACUAUUGCAUCAGCUUGCAGUACAACUAGCUACGUUUAAGAAGAUUGCUCCUAGAGACUAGAUUGGUUAAGGAUUUAAUAAACUUGUUACGAAAU